AUGUUCUUUCGCAUAGAAGAAAACGCUUUUCUUGAUGAUAAAAAUGCUCUUCAAAGUGAAAAGGCUGACUCUAUAAUGACCUGUGCUCGAAUGUGUAGGAGAGAAGCUGCUUGUAAAGAAGCAAAUUUCUUGGCAAACGAAGGCACCUGUUCGCUCUUUGGCGGAGGACAACAGGCAAGGAAGGUGGAGAGAUUUGUAAAACGGGUUGGAUCUUUCUACAUAGAAAAGGUAUUCCUAGAAUUUUGUAGAUUUUACUGAUUAAUACUGUGUUACCAUUUCUUUCUUUACUCCGUGCGAUUGCAAAGGAAUGGAGUGAGAGCCGGAUAUUUUAGGCAGUUUUAUUCAAUGGCAAUUUUUUUAUACAACUUGUUCAUGUUCAAGUUUCAAUUGAGUUUUCAUAAUCUUUUUCAUUAAGCCGGAAAUAAUUUUUCUUAUGUCCGUAAUGUCAUACAGCCGCUAUAACCUGAUCAAUAAAAUAUCAGUAAGACUGAAGAUGGGAGUCGGCAUGUUUUAUCGAGUCCGUUUUGGAACUAUGUUUAUUUUACAUUUGUAUCAAUACAUUUUCAAGUUUCGGUUGCCUCAAAAAAUACUUCUCUUUUCAUGUUGUGCCCGUCUACUCUGAAUCAGAUUACUUAAAAUGACUCUGGGACAAUUUUCCAACUAUUGGCUAAAAAAUUAGACGAGAGAACGGCAAUAAAGAAAAGGUGAUAAAAUUGAAGUUUAAAAUUGAAUAUCUUUAAGAAAAAAAAACCCUACCCUUAGCUUUUACAGUCAUUAAACAGAAAACUAAAAUAUUAAGUUGAUGAGGAUCAGGCAAUCAGAGCAAACAUCUUGAAAAAGGGAUCAGAAACAAGUCAAUGUUCAGAUAAAAUGUAGCUUGUAAGCUAGUGUAAGUCAAAGUUUAUUACUCACCCGAAAGUUUGCCUCUUUUUGGCUUACUUAAUAGGUUAUCUCUCAUGGAGUCUCCAGUCCACAAGGUAUGUGAUUUUUGUUUACAGCAAAUUUAUCCUCGCACAAUAGUGGCUAAAACUGGAUUUCGUCAUUUUUAACACACCAAUUCCUCAAAUUAAUGAUGCUGCCACACCUUUUGUGCUCGGUAGAAUGAGUUACCAAAAAAUACCUAUUCCGUCUCAAAAUGACACAUUUAACACAACAGCCAUACAAAAACAACUCUUUUUAGGUUUAUGUGCCUAAAAGUUAAAGCAGAGUUCGGAAACCAUUUUCUUUGAUCAUAGGAAAGAACACGCCUGCACCCCUUGGAUUAACCCAGCAUUCAGCAGUCCCAUCGUGCAAGACUCUCCUCGACCAAUCUCCCCCUCCUUCCACGGGUAUUUAUUGGAUUAAUCCUGAAGGUGUGUCUCAGUCCAACGCUUUCAAGGCUUAUUGUGACAUGGAGACCGAUGGUGGAGGUUGGACUCUAGUAUGGAGUUAUUCCUUCACUAAUUACAGUCACUUUAAUGAUAGUUCAAAUGCGAUCUCACCAAGAGCAAACUGGCCUGAUUGGCUUGAUGGGUUUAUGCAUGUUCCUGUCUCCACAACUCCUCCAUUAAAUGAAACAGACUACAACGCUGUGAACUUCUCACUCUGGAAAAAACUUGGCAGACAGAUCCUCAUCAAGAGCAACAUAAACAACUGGCUGGUGUGUGAUCCGGGAAAUGGCAGCUUAGUGGAUUGGCAGAACGGUGACAUCAAUUGUACGAUCAUUAAGCACGUGACUAGCACGUGCAAAGAUACACCAGCACCUUCAGUUUUUGACAGGUUCCCAGGCUCUGGACCGAUCUUCUUUGACCACAUGUUAUUUUUUUAUUAUUAUUUCGAUACUCUCACGGAGUACGGCUGGCCUGUCCAUGAUCCAUGUGGAAAAAGUGAGCCCAACCAGUUGAACAGCGUCGCUGAGCCUCAUGGGAACAUUUUCAUCCGUUAG